GCUCCGCCUCCAGUCCUCGUGGAGCGCGCUCCUUCAGUGCGCCACUCUGCCAAGAGAAAACAGGGAACGGGGAAGUAGGAAGUAGGCCUAUAUUCUUUGUACUUUUCCUUGUCGUCAUGCAUUUGAUCAUUCGCCGGUUUCAUCCCUCAGACAGAGACAGUGUAUGUGAGCUGUUUAGCGUUGGGAUUAAGGAGCACAUUGGCCCAUGUUUCUAUAAUGCCAUGAGCAGCCGUCUCUACAUCACCAUCACCACCUCCCUCUGUGCUGCUGGAUACUGCCUUGGAUCAUGGUUAGGGGCUGUUCUCUUACCAGGACUAUGGAUAAGUGUUGUUUACUAUUGCUGCUAUGAGAUCUAUGCAGGCUAUGUGAGGAACAGACUCCGAACAGACAUGCGGGACAUUCCUGGGUGCUUCAUGAGCAGGCCUGGAGACUGCUUCUGGGUGGCUGAAGCUGAGAUGGAGGGUCAUGCUCAGAUCCUGGGCACUGUGGCUGUGGUGGAGAGAGAGGACGGUGGAGAGAGGUUUGGUGAACUCUUCAGGAUGAUCAUCGCUCCUACAUGCAGGCGCAUGGGCUUGGGCCGGAGACUUACACAGACUGUUGUGGACUUUUGUAAAGAGGGAGGCUUCUCUAAAGUAGUGCUGGAGACCAGCUCUACUCAGGCAGCAGCUGUGGCUCUGUAUGAAAAAAUGGGCUUUAAAGUAGUCCUUGUACAUAAAAAAACAGAGGCAGCAUUCUGGAUCACACUUCUCUCUCAAAUUACAGUCAUAAGGAUGGAGAAAUGUAUAGUAUAAACUUUAAUUACAAUUCUGAUCACAAAGUUAGACAUGAUGACCAAACAGUUCUGAAGUUCUAAUAGAAGAAUAAGCAUUAUUCUAAUACUGUGAUAAUGUGUUGAUGUGAUUAUUAUAUGCACAUAAUCAGGCGUCAAUGUUGUAUUUCAAAAAAAUGAACACUUGGGGGAGCUCUCAGAUCAAAAUCUGAACUGAUGAUUGUUGAUAUAUUUUGAUUAGGUUGUUUUAUGUAUAUAUAGUUAUAAGAAAAAUGCCAUAAAAACAGGA